AUGACAGCAACGAUCCCCUCGGUAAUUUCAUGUCAAGAAUUGAAAGAUUUGCUUCAAUCAUCAUCACAACCAAUUGCAAUACUUGAAGCGGAUCUUGGCAAGCAAGUCGAGGCUGAUUUCAAAGCAGGUCAUAUUCCCAAAGCCCGAUAUUUCGAUCAACUUGAACAUACAACGCCAACGGCAUUUAUUCCACGUGGUUUACCAGAUGUUAAAUCUUUUGAAGAUUAUCUGACACGUUUGGGGGUUUCAAAUGAUCAUCAUAUUAUUCUCUAUGAUCGAUCAGCAAAUGGCUUCUUCGCUGCAAGUCGUGCUUGGUUUUUGUUGAAGACGUAUGGUGCUGACAAAGUGUCGAUUCUCAAUGGUGGAUUCAAUGCAUGGAAGAAAGAAGAUAAUGAAAUAGAAAAAUCGGAUGAAUCGAACGAUUCGACAAAAGAAGGACAGACAAACAAAUUUACUGUCAAGUUAAACGAACAAAUGGUACGAAAUUUCGAUCAAAUGGUAUCAAAUAUAUCUUUGGAUAAAGAUAAUCCUGAACGUAUCCAAGUAUUCGAUGCUCGACCACCGAAUCUAUUCAAUGGUGCUGAUGCUGGGCACAUGCCUAAUGCAGUUAAUUUACCUUACGGAUCUCUAUUCGAUCAAAACCAACAUUUGAAAUCGAAAGAGCAAUUAGCACAAAUCUUUGACAAAGCUGGUGUUGAUCUGUCGAAACCUACGAUAUACACGUGUCAAGGUGGAGUAACAGCUAGUGCAUUAGCUUUUGUUGCACAACUACUCGGUCAAAAGGAACCAUCGGUCUAUAUGGGCGCAUUUACUGAAUGGCAACAACGCGCUCCUGCUGAUUUAAUAAUCAAAGGCGAUGGAACACCCACUACCCAAUGA